UCAACAAAUGCAACAGCAGCAGCAGAUGCAGCAGCGCAGCUCGACGCCCACCACGCCCACCACGCCCACCAGCACCAUGCUGACCCCCGUCAGCGUCCCCAGCGGUCAGGUGACCAGCCAGCAGGCGUACGGCGCGGGCGCGGCGCCCGGCGGCGGGAACAUGUACCCGGGCAGCGUGGGCGGCGGCUUCAUGUCCCCGGCGCUGGCGGCGGCGGCGUACAUGGCGUCUGCGUACGGCGACCCGCCCACGCUCAACGACGUGGCGGCCAUGACCAACCUCAUCACGCUGAGCCAGGCGGCCGCCCGCAUCCGCGAGUUCAACCUGGCCAACAUGGUGUCGGAGACGCUGCCGCGGCCGCUGGAGCCCACGCCCAUCGACCUGUCGCCCACGUCGAAGGCCGCUCCGCAGACGCCGCUCACCAACGGCCGCGCCCACAAGACCACCGCCCACUCCGGCGCGGGCGGCAAGGGCGCGUCGACCGUGACCAAGUCGCCCUCGUCCAAGAGCAGCCGCGUGAGCGCCGUCGCCAGCCCCGCCACGCCCACCAUCUCGUCGCCCACGCCCGAGGUCACCAUCACCAAGCUCCCCAGCACGUCCGCGGGCGCCACCACCAGCAGCUCGUCCACGCCCGCGUCCGCCGCCGCGGGGAAGGGCGUGUCCGUGCCCGGCCUGGUCAAGCUGGGCGGCGGCAACACCAACACCGUGUCCAUCACCAAGCGGCCGGCCUCCAGCAGCCGCAUCGUGGCCAAGUCCCCCGCCAACGCCUCCGUCAGGCAGAUCCCGAACCCGUCCUUCGUGCGCCACCAGUCCGAGGCCAGGAACAACAACAACCUGCCCAAGACGGCCUCCUCCGCCGCCGCCGCCAGCGCCACCUCCUCGGCCUCCUUCGUCAAGGCCGGAAUCAACUCUUCCAAGGCGUACACGAUGGCCAAGCAGGGCGGCAUGGGCGGCCCCGUGGCGGGCAAGCAGGGCGGCCCGGGGAUGGGCAAGCAGGGCCACGGGACGGGCAACUCGCCCCUGAAGGACAUGGGCCCCCUGCCGGACACGUCGUCGUCCAUCCUGAAGAUGGAGCACCUGACGCGGUCGCUGGCCGCCGCGCCCGCCUCCGCCGCCCCCUCGGCCAGGCUCUUCGACUCGAGAUAGGGAAGGGCGGCGCUAGGCUCUUAUCGAAGGCGCGAGGAGGAAUAGCGAGCGAUAACCGGUGGACGAAGAGGGUUAGGAAGGGCCGAGGCAGCUGCGCGUGCGUGCGCCCGGCCGCCCGCCCGUGUCCUUGCGCACUCAGUCGA